AGCUGGACCACGCUUGUCCCCUCUGGCUUGCCGUCUUCACAGCUAUGGCGGCCGCCGGGCUCUCGGCAUGGCUGGCCCUUCAGCCGGGGGCCAGGACCCUGCGUGCCUUCUCUACCGCCGUGUCUCCGGCCACUCGAACGCCGAGACCAAGGCUGCGUGCAACAGAAAACAUUAAAACACCCAGAAGUGAAAGACUGAUAAGAAGAAAGACACUACCUCCUAGGACAGAGAAAAUGGCCGUUGACCAAGACUGGCCUAGUGUUUACCCUGUUGCAGCACCAUUUAAACCAUCUGCAGUACCUCUUCCUGUUCGAAUGGGUUAUCCAGUCAAAAGGGGAGUGCCCAUGGCAAAGGAGGGAAAUCUAGAACUUCUAAAGAUCCCCAAUUUUCUGCAUUUGACUCCUCUAGCAAUUAAAAGACACUGUGAAGCUCUUAAAGAUUUUUGCACUGAAUGGCCGGCUGCACUAGACAGUGAUGAGAAAUGCGAGAAGCAUUUUCCGAUUGAAGUUGACACAGCUGAUUAUGUGUUAGCAGGACCCUCCAUUCGAAACCCUAAAGCACGAGUAGUAACCUUAAGGGUUAAACUUUCCAGUCUGAAUUUAGAUGAUCAUGCAAAGAAGAAACUUAUUAAACUUGUAGGAGAGCGGUACUGCAAGACCACAGAUGUGCUUACCAUCAAAACAGACAGGUGCCCUUUAAAGAGACAGAAUUAUGAUUAUGCAGUGUAUUUACUAACAGUUUUAUACCAUGAAUCUUGGAAAACUGAAGAAUGGGAGAAAAAUAAGACUGAAGCGGACAUGGAGGAGUAUGUAUGGAAAAACAGCUCCUCAGAAAAAAAUAUCCUGGAAACAGAAUUAGAGAACAUGAAUGAAAGUCAAAAGAAAUUUCAGAACAAUUACCUAAAAGAUUGA